AUGAUUUCCCGGCCAUCUCCUACAGCUGCAUCCGGUACAGCCAACCAAUCAUCAGCAUCUGCUUCCGUCACAACACAACGCUCGUCUCCUACACCUACUGCUUCUGGUACAGCCACAUCUGCUUCUCCUAGUAGAGCCAUUCAGUCAUCUUCUCCAUCAGCUGCUGAUGGUACAAGCCCACUUUAUCCCCACUCUCCACCUCCAGAAUCAGGACAUGUAAUGAGAGAUAUAUUGAUCGCCAUUGGAGUCAUUCUGUUUGCAGCCUGUAUCCCAUUGGCUCUUGUUCUUCGUAGGUACUACAAAGCAAAGAACAAGUUACGAGCAUCAAGACGCGCUUACCAAACUGAACACGAGCUCGUGGAGAGAAUGUCUUCGGCGCAUUUUACGAACCCAGCUUCCAGAUCUGAGAAAGGAGUACCUGUGAAACUCCACGGUGGAGGAACUGCCCCUCCCCCUAUCAGCCCGCGUCCUAUCAUAUCAUUACCCACUGGAACUGGACCUGAAAACGAUAUCUAUGCAGAAUAUGUCUAUAUAGAUGGUCCUAGAGCAAACCGCCCAUCUGUCGGUAACCGUCCUGCUGCUGGCAAGGGAACAACCGGAAGUACCGAUUACGGAGAAUACAUUUACGUUGUAGAUGCAUUCGGCAACGGCGGAAAUGGAAUCGGCGGCGGUCCACCUGUACCGAUGGCAGUUGGUCCGCUUCCAUCUGCCCCACCACCAACCGCAGGGGAAUACAUCUACUUUGACCAAUCCUUGUCCGCUGGGGUUACAGUGAACCCUGGUCAGUACGUGGAACAACCAACGAAGCCGGUGCCACCUGUAGCAAGCGUUCGGCCGCUUCCUCUCGAGCCACCGUCUUCGCAUCUUGAUACCAUCGACAAGGAGAAUGAAAAUGUGUAUGAAGAAUUACCAGAAGGUGGCCAAGGUGAUCUUUCAAAGCCAAAGUUGGUUAAUGACACUGAUAUCGAACUCGACAAUGACUUGUACUUGAAACCUCAAAACACUGUUUAUUAAUUUACAGCUAAUCCUAAAUAUUUAAAUAAGAACUCUAUUUUUUCUUCAUUUACUAGAUUUUAAUAUGUCAUAUACGAUCCACCCAAUUAGGAAAUCUAAAUAUUCUUCGUUUUCUGGAAACACAUACAGAUGUAAUUUAUUACAUCUUUAUUGACGGCCCGUCUUUGAUAUUACGACAUCUUAAUGCUCAUCGUUAUAAAUAAUUACUAGAAACACAUAAAAAUGUAAUUUAUUAUAUUUUAAUUGACGACCCAUCCUUGAUAAUAGGAGACCUUAAUUUUUUUCGUCAUAAUUGCUUACUAGAAUCACGUAGAGACAAAUGUAAUUCAAUGAAAUCUAAAUUCUGAUCUGUCCUAGACAAUAGGAAAUCUGAAUUCUCUUGACUAGAUACACAUACAAACUUGUGAUUUAAGGCCAUCCUCGUUAAAGGAGAAUGAAACCUUUGGAACAAGAAAGCUUGUGUGAAAAGAGAUAAAUCAAAGAAACAGAUCAACGAAAGUUUGAGCAAAAUCGGAAAAAUAAUGAGAAAAUUAUGAGCAUUUGAAUACUGCGAUCACUAAUGUUAUGGAUAUCCUCACAUUGGCAAUGCGACAAAGAUGUGUGAUGUCACUUGUUAACAACUCUCCCCAUUACUUUAGUAUAUAUUUCACUUAAACUGCCUCUUUUAUCACAUCUAUCAGUAGAUCAUGCGUUCUUUUUAUAGGAGAGCAUGAAAAACAGAUUUUUAAAGAAUACAUCAUGGAUAAAGAGUUUGUAUCACCAUAAGAAAAAGCAAAAAGUUACAUUUUGGGGGUAUUUUAUAGUCCAUCAAAGGGAAAGUUGUUCACCUGUGACAUCACACAUCCUUGUCGCAUUACCAAUGGGAGGAUCUCCAUGGCAUUAGUGAUUGCAAUAUUCAAAUGCUCAUAACUUUCUUACUAUUUGUCCGAUUUUUCUCAAACUUUCUUUGUUCUUAUUCUUUGAUUUUUCUGUUUUGACACAAGCCUACUUGUUCCAAAGGUUUCAUUCCCCUUUAAUAAGAAAUGUAAAUUUUCUUCGCUAUAAUUACUUACUAGAAGUACAUACAAAUGUAAUUUAAUUUGACAUGUUUGAUGUAAUGUACGGCCGCUUCAAUGUAUUAGGAACUCGUCAAAAUUAGGUGUUUUUUUUCGUUGUAAAUACUUACUACAAGUACAAACAAAUGUUAUUUAUUGUAAAUGUAAUAUGAUAAUGAAUCUAAAUUUUCAUCGUAAUCAUUACUUUCUAACUUUCUAGAAACAUAUAUGUAUAAAUCUAGUCACAAUCACAUGUGAUUCAAGAGUAUAUGAAAUAAUUAUCUUUGUUAGGUGAACUUGAAUAUUCUGAACCAACUGUAGGUUAUUUUAACAACACAAACAACAAAUAUAAUCAACUUUUAAUCGGACGUCAGUAUAAACACUUUCGAUAAUUAAAAUGAAACAGUUUAGCUUCAUUAGUUUUAAACGUUUAAGCAUAAAUCAUUUCUUUAGAUUACAUGAGCAGAAACCAUGGCAAAGGAGAUGAAAAUAUAUUUCCAUGUUUUAUUUUACUGUCAAUUAUCAAAUGCUUUCUCUUGUUGAGUAUAUAUAAUAUCUUAUCUAUUCUGUUUAUAUUCUAAGGAUUUAAACUGAUAACACAUAUUAGUUAUUUAUAAUAUUAAUAAUGUUAUAUUAGUAGUAGUAUCAUCUUGUUUGCUCAAUAUACGAUUUACA